GGAAAUAUUGACCUACUACGAAAUGGACGGCCACUGUGGCCCUCCGACAGCCCCAGCGACAGCCCAGUCAACGGCGCUUUCCUUGGCAACAUUUCACGCGUAGUUUGAAAAAAGAUGCUGGGUCACAAGCUAAUAUCAACAGUCUAAGUGCAGUCAUGGACGUUAGCGUAGGGUUGCGCCCGGCCCUGCUGUCGCUCAACGACGCCAACUUGGCGAGCCAGGGCGUCUAUGCGGCGAAGCUCUUCAUCGACAAGCUGCUGGGAGCUCAACAGGCGGGGAGCUGUGUGAAGGAGCUGUUGUCAGGCCUUGAUAAAUGCACACGUGCCGCUGCAAACAGCCGCAUCGUGCUGCUGUCCUACAUGCUGGCGACGCAGUCUUCGCUCAAUCCUGUGCGGGCACUGCCACAAGCCAUCCCCAGCCUCGUAGCUUACCUUCAGAACCAGCGGCAUUCCACUAACCUGGACGAGCUGCAAACGCUCGGGUGCCGCAUUGGCCAAGUGCUGGCGGCGGCACUAGACGGCGCCAGCGCAGGCGGCGGGCAGGACUGGGCAGUCUCAGACACACGCCCGCAGCUGGACGCACGCGGCGGAGGCAGCUACGCGGCGGCGUACGCGGCGAGCAAGGGGCCGGUGGCAGCGGAUGCUUCCCCUUGUCAUGUGGACCCAGCGUGGGCGCUCAACCACGUUUUGCUGCCGCUGCUGCGGGUGGCCUGCAGGAGCCCGGAGCGCGAAUCCAUGGCGGCGGCAGGCGCCGUGUUGGUGCCGCUGGUGCAGUCACUGGGCAGGGCGCUCCAGCCCGGUCGUCCGGUGAUGGCUGGAACUGGCAGCGUCAGUGCGUCACAGGCCUCAUCUUGGCUGUCUUCGCCCGUCGUGGCCGUGUUGGAGCGGCUGAUGGGGUGGGCGUUCACGCUGAUGGGUUCCGCCGCGACCGCACCGCAGCGCUCCUCGGCGGUGUUGCAGAUGCUGGUCAGCUGCGUGCAGGCACUCGGGGAGGAGCUUGGCGCGGACGGAGCCAAGCGACUGGCGCUGGCAGCCACUGCCGGGCUGGACAAUGCUGAGGACUGGCUGGUGCGGCGCGAGGCGGCUAAUUUGGUCACUGCCCUGGCGGAGCUGGGCGCUUCAGGCCGCGGCGGGGGAGCUGAGUGGAUGGCUGGGCCCAACCGCCGUGAGUUCUUGACCCAGUCGCUUGAGGCGCUGCGGCACGACAAGAUCCCACAGGUCCGGUCUGCAGUGCAGGCCGCCCUCAGCGCUGUGGCGCAGCUGCCGGGCGCGGAACUGACUAUCUCGGCCCGCGGCUCUCUGGCUGCCGCUCCCGCCACCGCCGCCCCUAGCAUGGCUGGCCCUGGACCAGAGCGUGGGGCGGGGCCGCGGCCGCGCAGCGGCUCGCCGCCGCAGGGGCAGGCGCAGCCAGCGCGCUUGGCGGAGCCAAACAGCCGCCACAGCAGCGGCACGGACCUGAUGCCGCCGCAGCACCCGGCGAGGGACCAGCCGCAGGCUCCGGCGGCGCAGCAGCGGCAGCAGCAGCAGCAUGACCAACCAUUGAUGCAGCAUGCGUCGCGGCCAGUGAGCCGACAAGCCUCCAUUCACGGCAAAGACGCAGGGCGCGGUGGCGCUGAGGGCGUGCAGCGCCUGCAGCAGGCAGGGCGUAGGACAUCUGUCGCCAGCGCUUCAGAGGCUUGGCAGCGAAGUGCCCCAACCAACAACGACCACUCCCGCCAGAACCCCGUGCCGUCAGAAUCUCUCCGGUCCAUGGGCAGCCGGCAGCGCAGCAGCGACGGCAGCGCCGCCGCGGCACCCUGGCCCUUGCUGCCACGAAGGCAGGACCGCCAGGGCGACAGCACCGGCGCCGGUGACACGGCGGAUGUAGCAGUGGCGAGCAUCGGUGGCUGGAUGCCCAUGGCUGACGGCGGCCCUAUCGCAGUGGCAAGCAGCAGCGGAAUGGGCGGCGGAGAGGGGGCGUGGGCAAUUGCAGUCGCUCAGCCGCAUGCAGGCGAUGCAGAUUACCGGGAACGGCAUGUCGAAGAGGCGGAGGGCGCAGAAGAGGGGCUGGAGGAGGCAGAGGGUGACAACAGCGAGCCGCUGGACUCCACGCAGCAAGGAGCGGCGGGGUUUGGAUCGGAAGGAGGAGAGCUUGCGCUGGAGGAAGAGGGUUUGGUCCGUGGUCCCACGGCAGCUUACGGUGCGGCGCCAUCGCGCCAGCUACAGCAGCCGUACGAGGAGGAAGCAGAGGGAGAAGAAGACCAACAGCCUCGCAUGUACGCGGGGUCGCCUCAGCAGCAGGGGCCUGGAAGCCCCGAGGGCGCAGCGGAGGCGCAGCAUCUGUCAGACUUCACUGGCGCUGUCGCGACAUCAGGCACGGCGGUCGCCUGGGCGAUACCCUUCAGCAGUCAGGGCGGGCACGCGUCGAGGCCGGCCUCAACUGCAGGGCGCCAUGGCGGCGGCGCCUCUGACGGCAGCGCCAGCUUUCGACGGUCUUCUUUGAGUGAUGCGGGGGGCCCGCAGGACGCUCGCCUGCAAAGCUACGGCCAUGAUAGACCUGCAGCUGCGGCUCCGCCUCCGGCGACCUCCGGCAUGCCGCGGCCGUAUGGAGCACACUUGCCGGCGCCCCGGCCGCCGGCGGUGGAUGGCUCGUGGAGUGGAGCACCGCAACCGCCGGCAGGUACAACUCAGGAAGCUGACCAUGACUGGUACAUGAGUCGUGCAGGCGGUAGCUAUGCCGCUGGCUACGGGGCUGGCGGUGGCUACGCGAGGGCGUACGGCGGAGGGCAGUACGACAGCCUGCCCGACGACUACGCCGCAGGCUGCUCGUGCCUCGCGCGCCCCACAGACCUCCCUACGCUGCUCCCCAGCAAGAGCCCGCGCUUCCCACUGGACGCUGGCCGGGAGCGGGCGGUGGCGCCCCCUCCCCGCCAGCGGCUGCCACCAGGUUUAAGCUACGCAGCAAUGGAUGACGCCGGCGCUGACCCCGGGCCGGGUGCCCGCAGUGCUAGGCCGUGCUCGCAGCCACGCCAGCAGGCGCUGCCGCUGGUGCAGCCGCCUUGGCGCUGCCCGUCCCGCGGUCCGUCGCCUCCACUCCGUUCACGCUCGCCAGGAGGCUUCUACGAGGGCGCCGACGGAAGCGGCAGUGGCGGCGGCGGCGGUGGUGGUGGCGGCGGUGCUGCAGCCGCGGCUGGCGCUGAGCGGCAGGUGCAACGGCCAGACCCCUCGCGCAUGCCGCCUGCUGGAGUCAAGUCCAGUGCGGCGGUCAGGAGUGACGCGGCGCGUGCGGCUCAGUCUGGAGAGGGCGCAUUACAUGCUGGUUUGGCUGCAACUGCAGCAGUCAAGCCUCCCCGCAUGUCGUUCAACGGUGGCGGUGGCGGCUGGGGCGGUUCCGGGCCGCCUACGUCUGCCAGUGCUAGGCAGGGCUGGACGGCUGUGGGCCGUGCCGGCGCUGCCGCGGCUACGGCCGAGAUGCGUGCAGUGGCGGGAGUGGCAUCCUCUGCCGGCGACGGCAAUAGAAGGCGCAACGCUCCCGCAGCCGACUGCUGUGGACCGGUCUCUGCGUCCUCCCCGCCGCGGCGCUACCAGCGGCGGGACGACACACGCGUCAGCUUGGGAUGGCCUUUUGGGUACCGACCGCCCAAGGCCAGCUCGCGCUUCGUCCGCCCCAGUGCGCCCGCCGAGCACUUCGGCGUGCAGGUCUUUGCAAAGGAGCCGCCGCCGCCGUCGCCGCCGCCGCCGUCGCCGCCGCCACCUCCGCCUCCACCUGAGUCCGACCCAGACGUGCAGCCAGGCAGCCCCUCACACCAAUACGUUGUUAACGUCCACACAGAGAGCUCUCCUGGCCACCGUACGGCAAUGGUGAUUACGGCAUCGCCAUCCCCGGGCAAGCGCAGAGCUGACGUUAAUAACGCCGCCCGCCACCCGCCCAUCACUGCCGCCACGCCAACGCCAAGAACGCCUAGGGGCAUGGUGGAGGCCGCCGCUGCAGCGGCUAUGGCUGCGAUGGCUGCGGCAACGACGGCGGCAGGGGACGGCAGUCAAGCUGGGGCGGUGCACAGCUCGGUGGUGGAGGGCGGCGGGGAAGGGCAGCAGCCAGUGCGUGUGACGGCGCGGGUGCGGCUUGUGGGAGCACCCGGCGUCGGAGACGCUGGGCAGCUCAGCAGCCCGACUUGGAGCAGCAGCGGCGGGCUGGGUGGCGACGGCCACAGCACUUAUGGAGGCGAUGACGGCGGUGGAGGCGGUCGGUCGGCCGCGGCGGCGGCGGCGGGCGCGCUGCAGGACCAGCUGCAGUCCGUGGUUGAGCAGGCACGCGCACUGCAGGCGUCUCUUGCUCAGCGCCCCGGCAAGCGGCCGCGGCGGCGCUGGAACACACAGCCACAUCAGCAGGGGCAACACCCAGUGUCACCUACACCGGCCUUUCCCAGCAUGACGGCUGCGACAGACCCGCUUUCCGCAGCGGCAGCAGCUCAGCAGCUGCAAAUGCUUGUGCAACAAGCAGCGAGUGCACAGGCAGGCCUUCAGGCCUACCUUAUGACCGCCGCACCAGCGCUGCUGGGCAGUGGGCCCGCCGCAGGCACUGCCGCCGGCGAACUGCUGGCGGCGGCAGCAGCCAUGGCAGCCGGAGGCACCAGCGCCGGCGCAGUCGGCGGCGGCGGGGGCGGCGGUGCUGGCCUGGUGCUGCCGCAAGGCCUGGCGGGCGGAGCGACUGCGGGGCCGUUGGCGCUGCAGGGCGCUGUGAACAGGCUGGAGGAGCUGGUGUUGGCGCUUCAGCGCCAGGCUGCGGGUGGUGGCACGCUGCCCAGCAGCUCGGCUAGCCCCCACCCCUCGCAGCCGCCCACCCGGCCCGGCUCCAUGUCAGCCAUUCCAGGCGGCGCAGAUGCGAUGCCGGGCCGCCCCGCAGCGGCCGGGCAGCUGAGCCUGACUGGCGAAGAUUCAGGGCCCGCGGGUGCAGGCGGCAGCACUGCAGGGAUCCUGGGGCCCGAAGCGACAGGCGCCCUGCGCGAGCUCAUCCAACAGGUGGAAGCGACUCGGGAGUCCAUCAGCCGCACCACCAGCGGCCUGGACGCCCGUGCGCUGCGGCACUCGGACAGCCGCGCCUCGGUCGGCCGCGACGGUGGCGGCAUCCACCCCGGCAUGCGGCACACCAACUCAUCCAUAGGCCUUGGCAGCAGCAUGAGCUACAGCCUCGCCCAGAUCAACAACCAAUGGAGUGUGCCACCCAUUCCGGCACGGCGCGGCGCGCAGACCAGUGGCGGCGGUGCCGGGCCGGCAGCCGCAGGCGGCAUAGGUGGCGGAGGCACAGGGAGUCGCGGCGGCGGCGAAGCUGGCACAAUUGGUAGUGCCGCGGUGGGUGGGUCUGCCUCGACGCCGCCGGUUGGCAAGAAGACACCGGCCGCAUCCGAGCCGUCGUCAAGUGGCGGCGCGCCGCCGCGUCCAGCGUGGGGCUCGGAGGCAGAAGCUGGCGGCAGUCCUGGCGUCGCUGGCGCGCCGCGUGUGCGCUUUGCCAUCUCAGGUGGCGGCGCGGCGGGCAGCGGGGGCGGCAGCGGCGGCGCUGCAGCCGCCGGCCGUGGCAGCGGGGCAGCGGGCGAUCCAGACAGCAAAAGGCUGGGCGGCAUCGCUGGUGGCAGCUGGCGGCAGCGCGCACAAGGCAGCAGUCGCGCCCGCCAGGGACGUCGCGGCACAGACGACGAACACUACGACCGUGCAGACGAGAACGACACGGAUGGCAUGUACGAAGAGUAUGAUGAGUACGGCCGCCUCGUGCACAGCGGCGGCGGCCGUGGCUACGCAUCCGGUGGCGGCGACGGAGACCGGCGCUGUGGAAGAGGGACGCGGCGAGACAGCGGCCGGUCCGGCACAACGGGGGCGCUGCAGGAUCUUGUCAACAGGACCGGCUCGCUGCUACUGCCCGGUGAGCCGCCGUUCCAAUGGCGCGGCGGGGGCAGCGGGGGGAGUGGUAGCGGCCUUGCUAGGCGCCGCUCGCCACAGGACCGCGACGGCGGCACCAGUGCCCACAGCGACGCAGCUGAAACAGCAUGGGCAGAGGCAGGUUACGACAGCACCGGCCGGCCCAUUCACGUGCACUUGCACCACCACAACCAGCAACAGGUGCUGCGGCGCGAGCAGCACCUGCAACAGUACACGCAGGGGUACGCGCAGACAGCUCCUCCGGGUGCGGGACCGCCAGCAAGGCUGGGGGCGGGGCAUCAGUCGCAGAGCUACUGGCCGCUGCCGCUACAGCAGCAGCUGCUCUCCGCGCGUCAGCGGGAGUCGCCCGAGCGCUACCCAGCCCUGGCCUGGGCACCGGCAGCACCAGUGGCGGGUAGUGGUCGCUCCCUGGGCCGGGCGCCAGCAGGCAUAGCGCAUUUGCCGCCAUACCGCGCUGCUGCGGGCGUGGCGGGGCUGCUGUCGCUGCCGCUGGCACCACAGCUGGAACAGCCGGUGCAGGCGCGGACCGAGCUUGGCAUGCCACGCGUCAUUGACUUCAGGCCCGUCGUCCCCAUAGCUUCUGCCCGACCAUCAGUGCUGCAGCAGGGUGCCGUAUCACCCCCCAGCACCUCGGCCUCGCCCCUCCUGCCCGGCUCCACCGCGGCCCCGCUGCCUACUGGAGCCGCCCUGGGACUAGCUGGGGCCGUGGGCUUGCACCCGUCCCUCCACCCGGCAGCGGCACAACCACGCCACCCGUCACCUACACUGCAGGCUUCAGUGUCACGGCUGCAAAGCCUUGGGGCCCAGCUGCGGGGUACAGUAAGCGGGGCAGCGGCGGCUGGCGGCUGGCAGAACGAAUCAGCGGAGGCGGCAGCGGCGCAACAGCAGCAGCGAGUACAGCCGCUGGCGUACGAGCUCAGAUCUGAGCCACGUGAGCCACGCUACCCCGCUCCUGCCGGGCCAACGGCGCUUCCUGCAACGCUAACAACAGGCGGCGGUGGAGGCCCGGGGGGAUUCGGAGGCGGGUUGGCAGGGUUGGCAGGAUUCACGCCUCCCCGGUCAUACACACAGCCCACGUCGCCCUCUGUGGUGACGAUCUUUGCGCCCGAGACCAGCCACCUCACAAUCAACCCGCCAGCGCCAACGACCGCAGCAACCCAGCCAGGAGGCUGGGGCUCCCUAAGCGCAGCAGCCGCUGCCGCGGCGGCACGAGUCGCCGCCAUCACGGACGUAGCUGACACGGCCGCGUCAACACAGCUACAGCCACGCGGCGGCCUGGACCUGCAGAGGGCAGUACCAGCUGUAACUGGGGCGCUGGGGACACCGGCUGCGGCCUUGAACCCGCUCAACAUUUCUCUGGAGGAGCCCCUGUUCCUGGAGCUUUACACCUCGCCGGCCGAGGCUGGGGGUGAGGCACCUGAUGACGUGUUGGGCGGCACGACGGAUCAAGGCGGCUCGCUGCGCCCGCCAGAGGUCAUUGGUGGUCAGGCGCACUUGCCGCCAAGCCCGGCACGGCAAGCGACGUCUCAGGCGCACGCAGCGGCUGCUGCCACCGGCACGAGCGGCUCUGCUGCCGACAUGGUGGCGAUGGCGUCGGUGGUGGACCUGGCGGCGCAGCAGGACACGGCUACCAGUGCGCUCGCUGCUACCCGCUUGGCGGCAGCCUGGGGUCCAAGGCCUGACGACGGGGAAGACGAAGACGAGGCCCAUUUGUACGCGUUGCCCAUGCUGGAGGACCUAAGCAGCCCCCAUGCUUCCACUUCACCUCCACCUGCUUUUCAGGCGUGUGCGCAGCCGACAACUGCACUCGAAUCUGGGCCCGGGUCUGGACGCUUGGCCGCGGGCGCACCAGGUGACGCAGACCUUGAGAGGCUAUUCCCAGCAACUGCCGCCGCCAUGGCUGCAAGGCAGAGCACCUCGCUCACGCAGUCGCCGCUGCAGCCAGGGGCGCAUGCAGCGCCAGCGCCUGGGCAGUAUCCAGGUAGCCCCGAGGCUGCGGGUGGGGGCCACAGCGGCGGAAAUGCAGAGGCCCAGGUGCGGUCCUCGUGGGCGGCAGAGGCUGGCACGUUGGACGCUUCUUUUGUAGCCACGGGCGCCAUGCCCACGCCGCUGCCGAUUCGCCCUGCAACCGAAGCACAUCCAGCAGGCGAUGCCCAGCCUCCGCCGCUACAGCUCUCUGAGGAGCCGGUGCCUGUGUCCAGGCCCCCGAAAGGCUCUGUGGCCACUGCAGCUGCUACUGCUGGCACGGCCACUGCGCAGGCCAUGUUGGGGGUCGCCAUGCCGCGACUGCUGCGACCAGAGAACCUUCAGGCGCUGCGGGACUCGGCCACCGGCUUGGCUCGUUCAAGCAUCGAGGCCGUGCGCGAGGUGGAGGGCCUGGUGGUGCGGCUGACACUGCUGCAGCAGCAGCUAGCUGAGGGCAGGCGCAGCAGCGCUGGCAACGCUGCGUUGGUGCCGGUGAAUCCCCGCACGGUCGCACUGGAGGCGGAGGCGUUGGAGCAGGAGGCUGCCCCGCUAGGGAGCGUGGCAGAGAGUGCGGGAGGAGUGCAUGACGCAGUAGAAGGCGGGGAGGGCGGGGAUGCAGAGGAGGAUGAGGUCUUCGAGCUACCGAUCGUGUGAAAUCAUGUGAGCUGUAUGUGGAUGUGGCGGGGUCAUAACAUGUUUUGCCCAGUCCCCAUGCAGAACAAUACGUGACUGUGUGAGCUAUAAGGCUUCCAGGCUUGAACUGCGGUACCUGUGCGAGAGGCAGUGGCCCGAAAUGGGGUCACCGGUGCAGAGGCUGGAGUCCGUUAGCGUGGUGUUUGGCACGCGGCAGGAGUGCAAUUCUGACCCUUGCCCGACUUUUUCAUGUAUAGCCUAAUUGGCCACUUGUGCAUACCGGUUUUCGAGAAGUCCCUAUCGUAUAGUGGUUAGUACAUCACGUUGUGGCCGUGAAGACCCCGGCUCAAACCCGGGUAGGGACAGGUUUUGGGUCCCCCUGAUAGCCUUUUGGUGCGGCGUUGGCGUACGGCAGUCUGUUUGGUGCACAAGGAUGCGGCAGCCGACCCCAGGGCACGACUCACGUCACCGGUAUGGGGCCGUACACUACCCCAGCUUGUGGUGGCGUGCUUCUGCUGUCCCUGCAUGCGAGCUUUCAGGUGUCGCGCGGAACGCGUGGCCGAGAGGACUAGCUGAGGGGUCACAGGGGGUGGUUUUGCACGGUCUCCUGUCGCGUGUAUCGCACUUCGCUGACUGGCAUCCCUAUGGCCGCGCCUGUGGGAGGUGGGGACGAUGAAGUCAGGGAGGCACAUCACUGCUGAAUCCGGGGUGAAGUGCCGACGGCAGAGCCGGUUGAGCUUGCACCGCUACUGUAACGAACAUGCAUU